GUUGAACACACUCCAUCACUUGCCCCCUUGCCCCCCGCGGAAUCAGAAAAAGCUCAUAGAUAAAAUCCAUGUUUCUGCUCUCUUUUUUUUGACGACACAUCUUUUUCCGUUUUUUUUUUCUUGUAUCAUUUUUAUCACCAUGGUUGAAGUCGCUUUGUUUGAUGACAGUCUUAUUUCUCCCGAAGUGCAAGCCGCUUUGCCCGCCGGUUACACGCUCCGUCCUCUUCGUUCCGGCGACUAUGAACGUGGUUUCCUCAAAGUGCUCGAAGUCUUGACCGAAGUUGGCAACCAUACCAAAGAACAGUGGCUCGAACAGUUCAACUAUAUGAAGCAACACAACGACCAAUAUUACACCAUUGCCAUUACCGAUGAUGUCAACAAUCGCGUGGUGGCAGCUGGCACCAUUUUUGUGGAACGCAAAUUUGUGCAUUUGAACGGUCUUGUGGGACACAUUGAAGAUAUCGCCGUGGACGGUCAUCAACAAGGAAAGAAGCUCGGUUUGCGUAUUAUCCAUGCUCUCAUGUACAUUGGUGCCCAACGUGGAUGCUAUAAAGUCAUCUUGGAUUGUUCAGACAAGAAUAUCCCCUUUUACGAAAAGUGCGGUUUCAAGCACAAGGAAUACGAAAUGGUUUGGUACGUGCCUCAGGAUAAGGCACGCUUGUAGUUUCAUACCUAUCAUCAGCUUUUGAUCUCUCAUCCUUUACCCAUCCUGCUUCCUUUUUGAUUCCUAUUUUUCUUUCUCGUUGCCAUUUUUCCAUCAUCAUUUAUCAAUAAAAAUUCAUCACAGUUUCCCUUUA